ACAGCACUUCAGACAGCAUUAUGCUGUAGUCGGCAAUCUUCCGUUUUGGUAUAGAGUGGGACAGGGAGGGGGUGAUGCUACUGUAGUCGAACGGUGGGACGGACGUGCAGUUCAGUUUUUGGGCACGCAUACGGUGCUGCAGGGAUUUUUAGGUGUACCUCUUCGGGCUCUUGCAUACCUUUUUCUCGUCAGAUGUGUGCGUGUUCUUUAGAUGCUGAGAUGGCUCUAGCACUUUCGAUCUCCUUGAGACCGCGUCGGCGGGCCCCCCAGAAGCGCCGCCACCGCUCACAAAAAAACUCGUGUUCUUCAUGCACAAGGGGGGCAAUGCCGCUUUCAGACGCAUCCAUCGGCAACCUCGAGAGGUUGUCGAAGUUUGUUGAUGCGGGCUACAUCAAGGAGAGCAGCCACAAAGAUUCCAUCAAGAAGCACGUGAUGGCCAACAAGCUCAUCGAUGACAAGUUCUGGUCGCAUGUGGAGCGCACGGCCAACUUGCUGUCCAGCGGCAUGUGUACGGCGGAAGACUAUCGAGAGCAGCUAGAUGCAAAAGGUGCAGACCUUUUGCGAGACGGAGCACCACGGUCGGCAGCGGCGAGCGGAGAAGCAGCGGUUGGUGGGUCGCAGGUGGUGGAGACUCCUAGGCCUGCACAGAAAAAGGGCAACCGCACGGCCAAGGAAGCGGGGGCGGCGGCAAACACGAUGCACGAGAACAUCGUCAACUGCUGGGCCGCAGCAACAAACAAGCCGAUCAAGCGUACCCGCAACGGUAUCGUGGAGGAAGUCACGCGCGUCCACUAUCCCAUCGCACCACCUCCUCCCAAGUUGAAGUGCCUGUACUGCCCGAAGACCUUUGCCUCCGAACAAGGUCGAUCGGUACACUGUAGUGCCGUGCACCCAGCUCCUCUGCGGCAUCUUGGACGAGGGCUCAGGCACGCCCUCGCGACCGGUGGGACCAUGACGACUCCACCUCGGCACGGGUAUUCGGGCAGGUGUUUUCAUGUCGUCUUUCACCACUCAGAGGGAGGCGGGCACACCACUGCGGCGGGCCAGGAAAUGUACCACGUGCGAGGGAGUUGUUCGUUUGAGCUACAGCCAAGGAUUCAAGGCGAUGGUACAUCAGACUUUCCAGAUGACGGCCUUUUGCCGGACGAAGAACGCACCAAGCGGAAGAAAACACGAGGGGCUGAGAAGAGGACGCAGUACAGCAACAGGAAGAAGGCUGCGGUGGUCGCGGAGCUGCGAGAGCUGGAGGCAAAUCACACCGAAAAGAUCUGGCAUGUUCACAGCGUGUCGUGCCAGCAGUUCCUGGCAAGGAAGACCGGCAUUCCCCAACCCAACAUCUGUGGAACGUUGAGACUUGAAGAAAGACCUUUUCAAGACUGGCAGGGAGAGGAGGUGGUUCGGAGACGCAGAAAGAAGCUUCACUUGCUGCUGCUGCAACGGCGCAACAGGAAGCUCAGAGUGUGGACAGUCUGGAUUCGAGUCAACACGAGAAAGCUCGUGGUGGAAAUGUAUCCGGACGACCCGAGUGCAAAGAAAUUUUCAGCGUCGGACCGGUGGUGCAGGAAGUUCGCGAAGCGCCACCAUUUCUCGAAACGAAGGCGCACAAACACGAAGAACAAGUCGGUGGAGGACCGUCUUCCGCAGAUGAAGAGAUUCCACAGGAGGCUGCGCCACCUGCUGCAGGAACCACCCGCUGGGCUCGCUAUCGUCAACGGCCUCGACUCGACAUGGGACGAGACGGGAGCUUUACGAGUGCAACUUAGGCAACAGUUCCGUGGUCUUGACAAGCGACAGUGCACCGUCAACUGUUGCAUCGGAGGUGGCGACAACUUCCUACGCAGCAUCAAGGCGGAAGAAGAUGUUGUUCCAGAGGAGCAGUCUAUACUUUUCUCAGACCACCUGCACGCGCAGACAACGGACGAGUUCAAGAAAUUCCUUCACGGCGAGUGCAACACGCUGAUGUGGCUACUUCCCCCCAAGUUGACCGACGAACUCCAAACGGUCGACGCCGGCUAUGGACGCCUCCUCACAGUCGAAGUCGGUAACGAGCUGGAUGAAUUUCUUGGGCACGAGGAAAGCCUUUGCCUGUGGGAGACCAGCAAGCUUUCAGCUGGUGCAAGGCGAAUCCUUUUCCCGCGAUUCAUUGCAAGGGCGGUCGCGCGAGUGGACGCUCGGCCUGGGUACCGCCAUCGCCUGUUUGAGAAGACCGGACUGGCGAUGACGGCAGACGGGUCGUUGGACGACCGCAUCACUCCGGAGGGUGUAGUUGGGGCGUACAACUUUCAUGGACGGAUGAUGGUGACAACGACGAUGACAUCAUCGCGAUGGAGCUUCCGGUCGGAUUCCGCCUUCAAGAGUCUCCUCCAGAAAAAGCUGGAUCGCCCAUUGAUUAAGCGUUGCGUGUUCUUGAGGCGUGGUAUGGGGUGGUUCUUGGGGCAGAUAAGCCGGGCAGCGCCCCCGCAAACUAGCCACACGUACGACUACCGCGUGGUUUUGGCGUACGAUCAAAGCACCAGCAGUGUGACGAUGCCUCUAGAUCCGUACGAUGUAGACGAGGCGAACGCAGCCGUAGGAGCGUGGGCGUUGACCCCGCGGGUAGUGCAAAGCUUCGUGGUGUUUCUUACGAUUGGGUCGGCACUGUAG